AUGGACGGCCAUAGUUGCUGCAGCAAACAGAAGGUUAAACGUGGGCUAUGGUCUCCUGAAGAAGAUGCGAAGCUCAACACUUAUAUCUCCACCCAUGGACAUGGAAGCUGGAGCUCUGUUCCAAGGCUUGCUGGCUUGCAUAGGUGUGGAAAGAGUUGCAGAUUGAGAUGGAUAAACUAUCUAAGGCCAGAUCUUAAAAGGGGUUCCUUUUCUCCAGAAGAAGAACAGAUCAUCAUUGACAUUCAUAGGAUUGUAGGCAACAAAUGGGCUCAGAUAGCCAAGCAUCUCCCGGGAAGAACAGACAACGAGGUGAAGAAUUUCUGGAAUUCAUGCAUCAAGAAAAGGCUAAUCUCACAAGGGUUGGACCCAAACACUCAUAAUCUGAUAUCACAAACCCAUCAACAACCCAUUCCAGAAUUUUUUUCUCUGACUAAUUUUCAGCUUACAGAUGCUUCCAUGGAAACGAAAACACCCAAUAAUUCCUCGUCUUCCUCUUCUUCGGUGACCCCAUCAGGGAUUGAGCUCACAAAUCAUGAGAACUGUUUCUGGGGCGCCACUCAUGAACCCUCUGAAGCACCAAUAUUGGAAGGAGAGCCGCCAUUGAGACAAGAAGAAGAGGAGAAUAAGGAGGAGAAAUAUUCUGAUCAAAUGGGUGAUCAGAUCAUGGAUACUUCAUUUGACAGCUUUAACUUUGAUCUUGGGUUUGUGGAGUCUACAGUAUGUCUGGAUUAAUGCAUCAUGAUUUGAGUUGUGUGGA